ACUUUAAUUUGUGGAGGUGACGGAGUGAUGACCCAGAGCAACGCUAUUGAAAGAACUCAUUGCUCACAUCUGAGAGGAGAAGGAAUGUCAUGUCACGCUGAGCCACAUCAGGAACCCCAGACUCCUGGGAGAGUUGGCUCUCAAGGUUCUGAUUUAGAUUCAUCUGCAACUCCUAUAAACACAGUGGAUAUCAAUAAUGAAAGCUCUUCAGAGGGCUUCAUAUGUCCCCAGUGUAUGAAAUCUCUUGGAUCUGCUGAUGAGCUUUUCAAACACUACCAGGCAGUGCACGAUGCUGGCAAUGAUUCAAGCCAUGGAGAGGCUGAGCUUGCUCUGAAACGAGACGACAUAACACUGCUCCGGCAAGAAGUCCAAGACCUACAGGCUUCGCUUAAGGAAGAAAAAUGGUACUCAGAAGAAUUAAAGAAAGAAUUAGAAAAAUAUCAAGGGCUGCAGCAACAAGAGGCUAAACCUGAUGGUUUGGUGCCUGAUUCAUCAGCAGAACUACAGUCUUUGGAACAACAGUUAGAGGAAGCUCAGACAGAAAAUUUUAAUAUUAAGCAAAUGAAAGAUUUAUUUGAACAGAAAGCAGCCCAACUUGCUACUGAAAUUGCAGAUGUUAAGUCAAAGUAUGAUGAAGAAAGGAGUCUUCGGGAAGCUGCUGAACAGAAGGUGACACAUUUGACAGAUGAAUUAAACACAGGAGCAGCCGUCAUUCAAGAUCUGAAGACUGAACUGCUUCAGAGACCUGGUAUAGAAGAUGUUGCUGUGCUAAAGAAAGAACUGGUCCAAGUUCAAACACUAAUGGAUAAUAUGACCUUGGAGCGUGAGAGAGAAUCUGAAAAACUCAAAGAUGAGUGCAAAAAGUUACAGACCGAAUAUGCUAACUCAGAGGCCACAAUAAGCCAGCUAAAGAUUGAACUUGCCAAAGGCCCUCAGGAAGUUGCUGUAUAUGUGCAGGAACUACAAAAGCUUCAAAGUUCACUUAAUGAAUUAACACACAAAAAUCAGAACUUGACGGAAAAAUUGCUGAAGAGAGAACUGGAGUAUACCCAGUUAGAGGAAAAGCACAACGAAGAGUCUGUGAGUAAAAAGAAUAUGCAAGUCAGCCUUCAUCAGAAGGACCUCGACUGUCAGCAGCUGCAGUCCCGGCUGUCUGCCUCUGAGACCUCUCUGCAGAGGAUGCAGGCAGAGCUAAGUGAGAAAGGAGAGGCGAGCCAGAAGCUCAAGGAAGAGUUGUCUGAGCUGGAGACCAGACACCAGCAUCUAAAGGCAGAGUUCAAGCAGCUGCAGCAACAAAGAGAAGAAAAGGAGCAGCACGGGCUACAGCUGCAGAGUGAGAUCCAUCAAUUGCAUAGCAAACUUUUAGAGACUGAGCGCCAGCUAGGAGAAGCUCAUGGUCGGCUGAAGGAGCAGAGACAGCUUUCAAGUGAAAAACUGAUGGAUAGAGAGCAACAAGUAGCUGACUUACAACUCAGACUUUCUCGUUUGGAAGAACAGUUGAAGGAAAAAGUAACAAAUUUCACAGAGUUGCAGCAUCAAUUAGAUAAAACAAAACAACAGCAUCAGGAACAACAAGCUCUUCAACAAAGCACUACAGCAAAGCUACGGGAAGCUCAGAAUGAUUUGGAACAAGUCCUGCGUCAAAUUGGUGAUAAGGACCAAAAGAUCCAGAACCUCGAAGCCUUGUUACAGAAGAGUAAAGAAAGCAUUUCAUUGCUAGAAAAGGAAAGAGAGGAUCUUUAUGCCAAAAUCCAGGCUGGUGAAGGAGAGACUGCUGUUCUUAACCAGUUGCAAGAAAAAAAUCAUACACUACAGGAGCAAGUAACUCAAUUAACAGAGAAGCUGAAGAAUCAGUCAGAAAGUCAUAAGCAAGCCCAGGAGAAUUUACAUGACCAGGUCCAGGAGCAGAAGGCGCACCUCAGAGCUGCACAAGACCGCGUCCUUUCCCUUGAAACCAGUGUCAGUGAAUUAAGUAGUCAGUUAAAUGAAAGCAAGGAGAAGGUCUCCCAGCUUGACAUACAGAUUAAAGCCAAAACCGAAUUAUUGCUAUCAGCAGAAGCAGCAAAGACUGCUCAAAGAGCAGAUCUUCAAAACCACUUGGACACAGCUCAGAAUGCAUUACAAGAUAAACAGCAGGAGUUAAAUAAAAUCAUUACACAGUUGGAUCAGGUCACUGCAAAGUUGCAAGAUAAGCAGGAGCAUUGCAGUCAGUUGGAAAGUCAUCUUAAAGAAUAUAAAGAGAAACAUCUUUCUUUAGAACAAAAAACUGAAGAGCUAGAAGGUCAAAUUAAGAAAAUAGAAGCUGAAACUCUUGAAGUUAAAGCAAGCAAGGAGCAAAGCUUGCAGGACCUCCAGCAGCAAAGAAAGCUGAACACAGAUUUAGAACUUAGGACCACAGAACUGAGUAAACAACUUGAAAUGGAGAAAGAAAUAGUAUCCAGCACAAAAUUGGAUCUACAGAAAAAAUCUGAAACCCUUGAAACUACUAAGCAAAUGCUUACCAGACAAGAGAAAGAAAAUGCUGUCCUGAAACAAGAAAUUGCAAAGUUAAGUCAAGAUGCAAAGAUGCAGCAAGAGGAAUUGAAUAAUAGAAUUCAAACAGCAGAAACAGAACUAAAGGAAGUAAAAAUGGAAAAAGAAACGCUAAAGACAGAACUUUCUACAGCAAAAGACAAGCUAUCAAAAGUAUCUGAUUCUUUGAAAAACUCCAGAAGUGAAUUUGAAAAGGAGAACCAGAAAGGAAAAGCUGCUAUAUUAGAUUUGGAAAAAACUUGCAAAGAAUUAAAGCAUCAACUUCAAAUACAGACAGAAACCACACAGAAGGAACAGAACGAAAUGAAGAAGUCACUUGAGAAAGAGAAGGAGGCUUCUCAUCAGUUGGCUUUGGAACUCAGUUCAAUUAAGGAACAAGUUACACAGGCCCAACAUACUUUAAAACAAAAAGAAAAAGAACAGCAACAACUUCAAGGGAACAUAAAAGAGCAAAAGCAAUUGACUGAACAGAGGAAAAAGCAAAUAGAAGCACUCCAAGGAGAAGUUAAGACUGCCCUUUCACAGAAGGCAGAGCUUGAGAAUAAACUACAGCAACAGUCAGCGCAGGCAGCCCAGGAGCUCGCGGCAGAGAAGGAGAAGGUAUCAGGGUUGCAGAAUACCUAUGAAAAGUGCCAGGAAAAUCUAAAACAGCUUCAGUCUGACUUCUAUGGGAAGGAGUCUGAACUUCUAGCCACAAGGCAAGAUCUUAAGUCUGUAGAAGAGAAGCUUUCUCUAGCACAGGAGGACUUGAUUUCAAACAGAAAUCAAAUUGGAAACCAAAAUAAAUUGAUUCAAGAACUAAAGACUGCCAAAACUACCUUGGAGCAGGAUUUGGCGAAGAAAGAUCAGCAGUUGAAGGAACAGAGUAAAACACUUCAAGAUAUGCAGAAAGAGAAGUCAAUGAAAGAAAAAGAACUAGUAAAUGAAAAAUCUAAAUUGGCAGAGAUAGAGGAAAUUAAGUGUAGACAAGAAAAAGAAAUCACCAAAUUAACUGAAGAACUGAAGUCCCACAAACAAGAAAGUAUGAAGGAGAUAACAAAUCUCAAGGAUUCUAAACAGCUUUUGAUUCAACAGAAGUUAGAACUUCAAGGAAAAGUAGAUUCCCUGAAGGCAGCCCUUGAGCAGGAGAAGAGAAACCAGCAGAUGCUGAAGGAGCAGCUGAAAAAGGAAGAAGAUGAACUAAAGAAAGAAUUUAGUGAGAAAGAAGCGAAACUGCAUUCCGAAAUAAAAGAAAAGGAAGCAGGAAUGAAGAAACAUGAAGAAAACGAGGCUAAAUUUACCAUGCAGAUCACGGCGCUGAAUGAAAAUUUAGGCACUGUCAAGAAGGAGUGGCAGUCUAGUCAGCGGAGAGUUAGUGAGCUUGAGAAGCAAACGGAUGACUUACGGGGUGAAAUCGCAGUCUUGGAGGCCACGGUUCAGAAUAACCAGGAUGAAAGGAGAGCCCUUCUGGAAAGAUGUCUUAAAGGAGAAGGUGAAAUAGAAAAGCUUCAGACCAAAGUACUAGAGUUGCAAAGAAAGCUGGAUAAUACAACCGCAGCAGUGCAAGAGCUGGGCAGGGAAAACCAGUCCCUACAGAUCAAACAUACACAGGCGCUGAAUAGAAAGUGGGCUGAGGACAACGAAGUGCAAAACUGCAUGGCCUGCGGGAAAGGCUUCUCAGUCACCGUGAGGCGGCAUCAUUGCCGACAGUGUGGAAACAUCUUCUGUGCUGAGUGCUCAGCCAAGAAUGCCUUAACGCCUUCCUCCAAGAAGCCCGUCCGCGUGUGCGAUGCGUGUUUCAAUGACCUGCAGGGAUGACGGGUCGGCGCAGCGUCACAGCUGCAUCACACUACGGGAGAUUUUUAAUACGUGCGUUUAGUAGAGGUCGUGGACUGUUUGGUUUGGACUCUGGCAAUUCUAGACCAAAUUAGAGUUCAUAUAUUUUGGAAUGUGAUCAGUAUCAAGUAAAAGUCUUCUAUUUUUGUGAGACUUGGAUUCAUCUUCAUUAUCUUUUUCCAUGUAACCCCUGGGAUAGCUUUCAUGCCAACUUUAGACUUAGUCAAUGAAAUGUAAAUAAACUUUGGACAGAAAAUAGCAAUGUAUUUUUUUAAAUAUAAUUUCAUGGUUCACAAAUGAUGACUAUAAUUCCCUAGCUUACUUGUCUCUCCCAGAUUACAUGCACACAAACGCGCAUGGGUGAUGUCAUCACUUGCUUUUGUUGCACAGUGACAUUAAUUGUAUUACAUAUUCUCUCCGUGGGAUCACCCACAGGACUGUAACACGUUUUCUCUUCCGUAUAGGUCUGUAGUUCAGUUACAUUGUUUUGUUACAGAUUUACUACUUGGGUAUUCUAAAUACAGUGUAUGUUAAAAUAUAUAUUAAUAAUGAAUUCAAACAAGACUUUUGUUUUAACAGUAUUGAUUAAAUUCUCUAGUAGGUUUUAUAAAACCCUCUAUAAAAUCAAUUUGCUUACUUUGUGGUAAUCCUGGGUUAUGUUUCAGAGAUUAGGGUUGAUUUUUCUUUUUCUUUGUGCCUUUUUUAUCUCAAUUUUAAACUUCCACAUAUUGUCCAUUAAAAAAUCCUAUGAAACCCCUUACCCUCUCAGGUGGAGGAUGAAGAAUAGAAACUGUAUAGUGGUCCUGUUCUUCCUUUCUUGUUAGUGGUAAGUCUGAGAUUAGCCUUCAGAUUAUAACCUUAACCUCUAUCUUUGUCCAGCACCUCCAGGAAUCUGAAUUUGCUUUUUUAAAGGAUCUGCCUCUUGUCCUUGACUUGGUUCGACCUUUGAGCAGUGAAGCAUAGCUCAGCUUCACUGUAAUUGUUUUUAUAAAUUUGCACCUUAAAGAUAGUAACUUAUAUUGCUAUAGUCUUAUCUGUGAAAACAAAAUAUAAAAUGGUAAGGAAAGAUGAAAUAUUCUACUUUAUAUUUUAUUUUUACCUAAUAGCAUUUUAGAAAACUGUUAAAAUUGACUUACUCUUAAAAUGGUUCUAGGUUGGAGUUCCAUAUUAACUGGAAAUGUUAUCUGCAAAAAUAAUGCUUGACAUUACCUUUAAGUAACAGCUAGAGAAUAGAGUAUCACUUCAGAGAGAUGUACUUAGGAACGCUGAUAUUACAAUAAACACUGAAACAGAAUUGCCAAGCACCUUAAGGAUAAUUAAGAAUUAACCUAUUUGUAUGGUGAACAAUGAAAUUGAAUUUUAAUGUUUCGUCUUUUUAAUUUGAAAAACUGGAAAACAUCUGAAAGCAGAAUUCACUAAUUUUAAUUUAUUAUCUUUCUAGAGAAGAAAUGUUAAAGAAAUACAUUCAUUCAGUGCAGCCAUUUAACAAUAGUAGAGAAGGGUGAGCGUUAAUGUUUCAUUUACAGUAAUUUAUAAUACUUGCUUUCAAAUGCCACACUGAAAUGAAAUUAUCACACUUACAUAAUAUCUAGAACAUAGAUAAACGGGAAGAUUGCCACAUACUCGUUUAUGUUAAAAGUAAGCCCUGUUGUCAGUAGCUGUUAAGGACAUUGAUUAAGUCCGUGGACUUGGAUAAACAUAUAUCCUUGAGCAUAAGUAAUAAAUAAGUGCAAUCGCUAUUAAAAUAAUACUUGGAUAAUAUAAACUGAGCUAUUCAUGGAAUUUUCUAUCCCCAUAAGUCCUUUCAAAUAGUAUUAAUUGAUACUUUUACAUUCAAGUAACUUACUGAACUUAGAAAAACACAGUCACAGCACCAUUUUUUGGUUUGUUUGAAGGUAAGAGAGCUUUAGGAGAGUUCUGGGCAGGAAUGUUGUUUUGCUUCAUCUCCUCGUGGGAUGCAUUGUAGUCUGCUCCCCCCCCAACCCCCGCACACGUUCACAAAAACAUUGUGAAGACAACAGAUAAAACCACGAUUGAACUGUUCGUCUCAUUUUUGUCUAAUCUCAUUUCAUAGCUCCCAAGUAACCUACCUACCACUGGCUACUAUAUGGAUAAAAUAAAUGAAACCAGUUUUGCUUGUAGCUUCCCAAUUGAAUGUGUUUUGAAAGUAAACCUUAGUGUUGUUUUCCCCUAUAAUUAAACAGUCCUCUUCUGAGUUCUUAUUGGCUCUACAUUUCAGGUGUUUGCUGGUACUAUUAUUAUCUUGUCGGAGAGACAGAGCUGGCAGCUCUUAGUUCUGGUGCAAAACAUUGGCAUCAAGUCUUAGUAAAUUGCAAACCUCGGCAUGGAAGUGUGAGUUAAAAAUCAAAUCUUGCCACUUAGUGUACAAUAAAGUACUUUUGAACAGAAAGAAGACAAUGCUGCUGGCAUAGGAUGUGUUUCUUUUGAAGAAAAAAAAGAAGGAAACAAACACAAAACCUCAGUGCAGUGUACAAAUAACAUUUUGUUCAACUACCUCUUAAAAGUGGAAUUAGCUACUUUAAUAGUUUCCUUAUAGAAAUGUUAAAUAGUAACUGCCAAAUUUUGUUAUUUUCCCAUCUCUUUAAAAAGUGUUUAUGAUUAUUUUAUAUAGUUUUGAGAUCUUUAAAGUCACUUUUUUUUAACCUUACAUUUGCAUAAACAUUUAGCUUUUAAGUGGAAAGCAAAUUAUGAUCAUAUAUUUUGAUAUUCAUGACCUGUUUGACUAUAGCAGUUUUUUUUUAAAUGCACUUUGGCUAUAAAAUCGUGGAUGAUUUGAUCCAUGAGAUUUAAAUGCGCCAUCAAUUUACUAUUCCUAGACAUGAGCUUGAUGAAUGAUAUUCUGUAAUUAUAAUGUGCCACACAUUACCAUGUCUUAAUUGCCCUUUGCCUGAAUUUUAAUGAUCAAUUUGUUAUUGUUGCAGAUGUGAAUAUUGUGCAUACACUGACUAAAUUUAUGUGAAAUUGUAUAAAGUGGAAUUGGAGAUCACUAAGUCCUUUCUGUGUAGAAGUACUGAGCUUACUGUAACAUGAUGCAGUCGUUUGUAUGGGGUUCUGUACUGCCUUGAGCUGGGUCAUGUGCUCAUAGCAACUGUGUAUACUUUUGCAUGGAUAUUUUUUCAUUUCAUUUUUGGGUUCAUUAUUUGUAUUGUGUUUACUAUUUGUGAUCAUGUAGUUGUGCCUUACUUUGUGAGAGUUUAGCUCAGUAAAUACUGUAAUUUCUAAUCUCAAUGAUUAGAAGGUUAUUGAUUAUAAAUAUAACUGAUAAAUUACCUGACAGCAUUUAAAUCUGUAUAAAGAACAAUGGAAGGAUCCUUGUUGAAUUGUUUCUUUUGUUUUUUAAUAUGUUAAAGAUGAUAUUAAAACAUUUCUUUCUAGUA